CUCCCUCUCGCUCUCUCUGGUCUUUCUUGCUCUUCGGUCGGUCCAUUUUCCCGGAAAAUUCACUAUCAAUUUUCCUGGAAAAUCGAUUCUUCCGAUUGAACCAGCCCCUCUGACAACAAUCAAUCUCUUGUUAUCUCUAUCAACGUCUCUCUCCGUAUAAUUUCUCAUUUCCCAAAUCAUAAAACCACCUCCGUCGGUGUUUAGUUUUGUAUUUUCUUGAUGAAAUCUUGAUUUUGUUAAGAGUUGAUUUGUCAGGAGAUUUGUUAGAGAGGAGGAAUUGGAGAGAUUAGUGUGGUGGUGUUGGUGUAUGAUAGAAUAGUUGAUGAUGACGACAAGUCAAGGAGGUUCCUCAAGGAGAAGUAUGCCGAUGACGAGCUCAUCGUCGCUGGCAAAGAAGACUCUCUCUUCUUCUCGCUCCAUGGGACUGGCUGGAGAGCGUACAGUGAAGCGGUUACGGCUGUCAAAAGCCCUGACUGUACCUGACACUACAAGUAUUCAUGAAGCUUGCCGUCGGAUGGCCGCUCGUAGAGUUGAUGCUUUAUUGCUGACUGACUCAAAUGCAUUACUCUGUGGAAUCCUGACAGAUAAGGACAUAGCAACACGAGUCAUUGCCCGUGAGAUUAAUCUUGAGGACACACCUGUUUCGAAGGUUAUGACCAGGAACCCACUUUUUGUACUCUCUGAUACUCUUGCUGUGGAAGCCCUGCAAAAGAUGGUCCAAGGAAAAUUCAGACAUCUGCCUGUUGUGGAAAAUGGAGAGGUUAUUGCUUUGCUUGAUAUAGCAAAAUGCUUAUAUGAUGCUAUUGCUCGUUUGGAAAGGGCAGCUGAAAAGGGAAAAGCCAUUGCAGCUGCUGUUGAAGGCGUUGAGAAACACUGGGGGACAUCUGUCUCUGGUUCUAAUACAUUCAUUGAAACACUUCGAGAGCGAAUGUUUAGGCCCUCCUUGUCAACAAUCAUUUCUGAAAACUCAAAGAUUGUUACUGUUGCACCAACCGACACCGUACUAAUGGCAGCAAAGAAGAUGCUUGAAUGUCGAAUAAGCUCUGCAGUUGUGACAGUUGAGAACAAACCAAAGGGUAUCCUGACUUCCAAGGAUAUUUUGAUGCGAGUAAUAGCACAGGAUCUUCCCCCUGAUUCAACUAUAGUGGAAAAGGUGAUGACCCCAAAUCCAGAAUGUGCAACAGUUGAUACACCUAUUGUUGAUGCUCUGCAUACCAUGCAUGAUGGGAAAUUUUUACACCUUCCUGUUGUCGAUAGAGAUGGAAUUGUAGUUGCUGUCAUUGAUGUACUUCAUAUUACUCAUGCUGCUGUAGCUACAGUGGGAAGUACUACUGGAGUUAAUAAUGACGCAGCAAAUACUAUGAUGCAAAAAUUUUGGGAUACAGCCAUGGGAUCAACUGCUGAUGAUGAGGAAGAUACACAUAGCGAGAGCUCCUUGAAAUUGGCUUCUGAAGGGGCAGAGACAGGGAGAACUCUUCCUUAUCCAUCGUCGACCCUGCCUAAUGCGUUUGCUUUUAAAAUUCAAGAUAAAAUGGGCCGGAUGCAUAGGUUCAAUUGUGGUAUGCUUCUUAUUCUGUUUCUCGCAUUAGGCACACAUCAGAUGGCUGUAAAAUUGAGGCAGUCCAUUCAAGAAGUGCACACUUGCAGCUUAUAGCUGCAGCCCUGAUUACUCCAUCUGAGAUGGAUUUAGAUGAUUUAGCACUGAGACUGAUCUCUAGAUCUGGACUUGAAUGAAACUAAAUAUUCCUUAUAGAUCAGUGAGGAAACAUAAGAAAUCUGGCAAGUGAAGUAAAUUUAAACAUUUUGUGAAUGGAUUCUUUGUUCUCCUAUCUUAUGUUUGAUUACCUUCAUUUGUUGCUUAUUUUCAUUUCAGAUAUUCAAAGUUUGACAGACCUCAUAACUGCAAUACUCCAAAGAGUGGGGGAUGACAUUGACCGCAACAACCUGCCUCAGAUUCUGUAUGAAGACGAAGACCAUGACAAGGUUGUGCUUGCAUCAGAUGGUGAUCUUGCAGCAGCUGUGGACCAUGCAAGGUCAGUUGGUUGGAAGGGGUUAAAAUUGCAUUUGGAUUACUCGGGAACACCUAGCCGUAGAAGGGGUUCUGGAUCUGGAGGUUUGGAUUAUGCUCAGGCAGAUGCAUGGGCUUCGGCAUACAGUACUGUUGCGGCUGGUGCUGCACUGGUUGCUGGGCUAGGUGUAUUAGCAUUCUUGAGGCGAGCUGGUAAUUGAUUGUUUUUUAAAAUUCCCAAUUUAUAUAAAUUGAUUUUUACGGAGCAGCAGAAAUGAGUUGCUCCGGAACUAGAAACUAGCAGGCAAAAUUUGAUUUCUUUGGAAGCAAGAGUAUACUCAUUGUGUGGCUUGUAGAAUAUAAUGCAAAAAUGAAGCUAUUUUUCUGUGCCUGCUAUACCAAGGCUUACUUCUGUGAUUGUCUACCACUGUGAACUCCUUGUCACAUAAGAGCUUUGCAGCUUCCUUUGUUUUGAAGUGUCUACAGUGAAUAUAAUGUUAUUUGAUUUAGACACUAUUGUCCGUUGGUACCUAUUAUCAAAACCUAACAAAAAGUUAUAUUUGUUCAUCCAAUUUUGGAACCCUAGUUCUACCUUUAUUACAUUGCUAAGAGACAAACACUGGUUCUGUACUAUUCAAACUUGGUAG